AAAAUCUUCAUGUUCAUGUCUUCUUGGAGUUCUCGGAGUGUAAGCUUGGUCUAUUUGAUAUAUAACUAGAUAAAGAGCUGCUUGCUGCUUCCUCUCUUCAAUAAUGUCAGAUGAUAUACCAGUACCAAACAAACGCAACAAUCGAAAAAGAAAGAAGUCAUUUUUGAAAAAUGCUAGAAAGUACGGAAAAAAAGGUUAUUAUGGAAGAGGUUCACAAUUGGAUUCUGACACCUACCAAUACUUCAUACGAAUAAUGGAAACGUAUAGAGAAGGUUUUGAAAAUGAGGAAGAUAAGAUAGUGUUUGCCAAUAAUGUUUUUGAGCAAACUGAAAACCAGGAGAUAAACUGUAGCAGCAACCAAGUUGGAUGCAGGGUAAUUGAAAUGUUGUUACCUUUUGCUAAUGAUAAUGUUAUGAAAAGAUAUAUGGAAGCAUUCAGUAAUGAAAUCAGGCCUUUGUGUAGUGACCGCUUUGCCAGUCAUGUACUAGAAGCUCUUGUGAAACAAACAUGUGAAAAAUCAUUGAAGACAUUGGGAAGUGCUGAUACUUCAGAAACCUAUACUCAAUUCACCAUCAAAAUAAGCAAAUUUUUAUUGAACAAUCUGGAAGAUUAUAUGUGGGACACUUAUGGUAAUCAUAUCAUUAGGACUUGUCUCAGAAGUUUAUCUCAAGUAUCCAAUGACACAAAUGGAAGUGAUAUCAAUUUCAAACCUCUGAAUAUUCCAAAUGAUUAUUCAGAAAUUGUCAGAGAAUAUGGAGAGAGGAUUAUAAACUGGCCACAAUUCAAUGAAUUAUGUAAUUCUGAAUUAACAUCUGGAUUCUUGCAAGAUCUACUCAGAUCAUUGAAAAAUGUGGAUGUGAAAUUGAUGAAAUUAUACAUGAAAAAACUGCUAAAAGAGAUUUUUGCAGCAAAAACUCUCAAUGGUGAACAAGAUUGCAUUGAUGUACUACCACCUGCAUUCUUAUCAACAUCAGUUCUCAUGUUAUUAGAAACUGCUUUGCAACUGUCAAAGCCAAGAAUGUUCAGCAAAUUUUACCAGAAUUGUUUUGCUGGGAGAUUGGUAAAAUUGGCUAGUACAAGAAGUACUAAUUUUGCAGUUCAGAAAUUAUUGACAUGUUGUACAGAGAAAUCUGAUUUUGAACUGAUAUUUGAAGAGUUGGUUGAUCAUUUGGAUGACAUUAUUCAAGCUGGUCAUAUGGGAGUGAUACUUUGUAUUGCACAAGCUUGCAAAAGAUUAUCUUCCAAACAAGGAAGUUUUGUACAAAGUAUGAUGAAAAUUUUGAAUUGUUCAGAGCCUGAAGAAAGACAAAUGCAUUUCCUAUUGUGCUUAUGCAGAAUGGUUAAAUUUGAAGAUUGUAAAGGAACAGAGAGUCUGCACAAGGAAAAGUUGAAUUUGCAUGGUACUCUCAUUAUUCAAGUCAUGUUGGAUUAUAACAAACCUAUCAAGAUAAUAAAUAGUUUACUUAGCUUGGAAAAUAAUGACCUGAAAAACUUAUUUAUGAAUAGCAUGGGAAGCCACAUCACUGAUUCCUUUGUUAAAGGACUGUUUGUUGGAGAAAGAAGCAGAGAAAAGCUGAUCAAGAAAUUAUCUGGCACAUACCAAGAUCUAGCAGCUUCAAAGUAUGGAUCAAGAAGUUUUGAAGCUUUAUGGAGUGUUGCAAAUCUGAAAGAUAAAUUGAAAAUUAUGGAGGAACUAUCUUAUAAAGAAGGAUCCUGGUCUAAUUCUGAGUAUGGAAAGAUCAUUGCUGGAAAAGUAAAUAUUGUUCUAUUCAAGAGAAAUAAAGAGGAUUGGAAGAACUUUUUGAACAACACAAAAACUGACAAAAUAUUGGCAGAAAUUUUAAAAUAACAUUGUAAUAUAAUAAAAUAUAGGGCACAUACC